CUGUCCAUUCUGAAUACUCGUUUGCUGUGAUGAUACCCAUAGGUACCUGAAUAGAAACAGGUGUUUCUGAAGAACCACGAAGUCAGUGAUUGACCCUCCAGUAGUGCAUGUCAAACCGUCAGUCAAGUCCUCUACACCUUCAUAAGUAAAUACACACUACAUAACCACCCUGAUUGACAUCCCUGACACCCAAAACACCUACUUUAGAGUAUAAAACUUUCCCCGUUGCCUCAAAAUGGAGACUCUCCCCGUGCAAACCGAUCCGAAGCAACCGAAAAUUCUCCAAAAACCCCCGAAAGUGGACGUCAGAAACCAAAUUGUCAAAAUGUCUAAACGGAACCACUUGAACCAGCCCCAAGUAAGACCUCGGACGCUCAUAGAACAACUAGGCAUAGGCCAAAGCGCCUCCGUUGGUUCGAAUCGUUUCAUGAAAGGCAAGUAUAGCACGACUUCGAGCGGUGACGAGUACUUUUUGGACACCACAGCGGAGAGCCAAAGUUCGGCCUUUCAAGAAAUGUUCUCCAUGUCUUUCAGGCAACUGAAAAACAGAAACACGUUCGCGCAGAAGGUUUUCUUGAUUUUGGGGAUUCUGAUGUCCUUCUCUUUCAUAGUCUUCAUGCUGCUCAUCAACCAACAGAACAUCACGGAAAAGUUUAGAGCCAACUGGUUGCCGUUAUUUGUAGCUUUUACAGCUGUGGAAUUGUUAGUCACGUUCAUCAUGUUUAUCAUUCCCAGAUGGACACGAAGACCACCCAACUACAUCGUCCUCUUAAUUUUUUUAACCGUUUCUGUGACUCUCCAGGCUGCUUCCUUGGUCGCCCAUUUCCAUGCCAUUGAACUUCUUUUGUACAUAACUGGUUCCCUCAUGGUCAUAUUGUUUAUCGGUUCUAUGUUUUCGGCCCAAGAUAGAUGUGAAGCGACAGGUUGGCCAAUGUUUGUCUUUUUUGCCACGUUGACGGCUCUUAUUGCUACAGGAAUGACAGGUUUACUGACUGUGGUGUUCAUAGAAGACAAAAAGUGGGAGUAUAUUGGAGCUGCGGUCGGUUUGGUCUUGCUGACUAUGGCCAUUAUCUUGAUCCUUUUAAGAGAUAUGUUGAAGAGUCAGGAAUUGCAGGUGUUCGAAUAUAUGUACGGGGCAUUAAUUGUAUUUGCGAGUAUAACGACGUUCUAUGGAUUUAAAUCGCUUUUUCUUUGUAUAAAAGGAAAGCCACCAGAGACAUUUGAUCCGCCUACUCCAUGACCUGACCUGA